ACUAAGUAGUCGGCCGGCUAAAAAUUGCACGUCAGCGCGUAGGCUUCAUAGCGGCAUAUUUGAGAUGACGUGCGCCGAAAAUGAACGACAGAAGCCGAGAACCGAACAACGGAAACGGUAUACUCGCAGAGUUCCAUGUUGGUUCCAUGUAAACGGUCGUGAAUCGAUUGACUGGGUAAAUAGACUGUGAUAGUAUCUAGUAAAUAUAAGAUUAGGGAAAUGGACGAGGAGGAUUGGGCCGAAAAGUUAAUUCAAACCAUCGAAUCAAAACCCGCUCUUUAUAACAGAGCAAUGAGAGAACACUCAGAUAGAAAUACAAUCAAACAACUUUGGAAUGAGGUUUGUGAGGUUAUGGUGGAGAAUUGGAAUGUACUACUUCCAGCGGAGAAGACAGCAAAAGGCAAUGAAAUUCAGCAGCGUUGGCGAAACAUGAGAACGUGCUUUAAGAGAGAAUUAAAUAAACAAAAAAAUAGUGACUGUGGACAAAAGUUUAAACGUCGAAAAUACAUAUACUUUAACAAACUAUUGUUUCUGUUGCCAUCAAUAGAAGACAGAUCAGUUGUAAACGAUAUUAACUCUCCAGGCUCCUCAGUCAAGGAGGAAUAUAAAACUACAUCGGAUAGUGAAGAGGAUGUUUCCGUCCAACACCUUUAUCCUAUCACUACCUUUAACCAACCGCCACAAAAAUCAUAUGAAGAGUCAUUAUUGUCCAUCCUAAAUGAUAAAAAGACAGAGGAUAUAGAUGAAGAUAAGCUUUUCCUGCUUUCUUUAGUACCAUCCUUUAAGAAGUUUACAGACGAUGAAAAAUUAGAAGCGAAAAUGGAAUUUCUCAAAGUAAUCCGACGUAUUACACAGUCCCAUCAGGAUUCAGCCUCUUCAUACCCUACAAAUUCAUGUAAUGACGUUAAAUUAGAAUAAUUGAGCCGCAAUACAGCCAACAACUACAAAAAUUUCCGGAAUUGUGCAUUCAGCCCUGGACCAUCAUCUUCAAAUACAAAUAUUUCAGAUUCAUAGUAUCAUCCCAACCAAUAUCCGCCUUAAUAAUCCUGGGGUGGAACUCUGUAACUAAAUAGCGAUCGGUAGCGAUGAAGAAUACUGAUCUUGGCUUUAAAAACUAAACAGUAAGCGACAUUAUUCUUCAUCAUCACCGAUCGCUAUUUAGUUACAGAGUUCCACCACUUCCUUGUUCUUCCUCAUUCCUUGUAUCACAUGUUUUCGAUUUGGGUUAAAUUUUGUCCAUAUUUACAUGUUUUUUGAAGUUGUUUUGUUCGUUUGA